ACCGUCGCGACUCACUAACGCCUGACGCCACACACUGCACUCGUGUCAAUGUGUGCGUGUGUGCGUUACGUAUAUUUAAGCACGGGGAGUGUAUAUUUGUUAACGUGUGUGUAUCAGUUGAGUCUGCUAUCGGUAGACUGCUAGUGCCACUGCCAAUUGCCGUUGACGCUACCGCAGUAGUAAAAUGCUGUUUUGUCUGUACGGUCGGUUUACUCACAGCUGAGCAUUACGCGUAAAAUGGCGUCGCACACCACGACGACGAUCGCACAUUUGGCGGCCGUCGGCGCCACCGCGGCGGGCCCUGUACCGAACAACGUGUGGCCUAACACUAGGGAUGACUAUGAGUUACGUGAAGUGAUCGGUGUUGGAGCUACUGCAACUGUUCAUUGUGCUUACUGUAAACCUCGUCAAGAAAAAUGUGCUAUAAAAAAAAUUAAUUUGGAAAAAUGGAAUACUAGCAUGGAUGAGUUAACCAAAGAAAUUCAAGCUAUGUCAUGGUGUCAGCAUGAAAAUGUGGUAACUUAUCAUACAAGUUUUGUUGUUGGAGAUGAAUUAUGGCUUGUGUUGCGUCUUUUGGAAGGUGGAUCAUUGCUUGAUAUAUUAAAACACAAAAUGAGAACAAGUGAUUGCCGUCAUGGUGUACUUGAUGAAGCAACAAUAGCUACAGUUUUGAGAGAAGUGUUGAAAGGAUUGGAGUAUUUCCAUUCUAAUAGUCAAAUUCAUAGGGACAUAAAGGCUGGUAACAUUCUUUUAGGUGAGGAUGGUACAGUACAAAUAGCUGAUUUUGGAGUUAGUGCUUGGCUGACAACAGGAUACGAUACUAAUCGCCAGAAAGUUCGGCAUACAUUUGUCGGUACCCCUUGUUGGAUGGCACCUGAAGUCAUGGAACAGGUACACACGGAUCAUGGAUACGAUUUCAAAGCAGACAUUUGGUCACUAGGUAUUACUGCAAUAGAAUUAGCCACUGGUACAGCACCAUAUCAUAAAUAUCCACCAAUGAAAGUCUUGAUGUUGACUUUGCAGAAUGAUCCACCAACAUUGGAUACAGGUGCUGAUCAUAAAGAUCAGUAUAAAGCAUAUGGAAAGACAUUUCGAAAACUUAUUACUGAUUGUUUACAAAAAGAUCCAACAAAAAGACCAACAGCCACUGAACUAUUAAAACAUCCAAUUUUUAAAAAAGCAAAAGAUAAAAAAUACUUGCAAUCCACUCUUAUAGCUAUUGGUCCAAGUUUAGAAACAAGAGUUCAAAAGGCUUCAAAAAGACAGCCAGGUACAUCUGGUAGAUUACAUAGGACAAUCACUGGUGAGUGGACAUGGUCAUCAGAAGAAGAAUGUGGACAAUCUUCAGACGAUGAGUGUAAAGAAAAGCCUUUAAAUAAACUUGUUCAAGUACCACACUCAUCUGAUAGUGAAAAAGAAAGUGAUGAUGAGCAUUUAAAUUUGGUGUUACGAAUGAGAAAUUCAAAUCGUGAACUGAAUGACAUUCGAUUUGAAUUUCUUUUGGGAAAAGAUACACCCGAUGGUAUUGCUACAGAACUUGUAGGUGCAGGUUUAGUAGAUACACUGGAUGCUGAAGUUAUUGCCAUGAAUUUACGCGUACUGAUUGGAAAUCAGACACAAAACAAACCUGUUACUUUUGCUCUUGUAUCUGGGUGUAAAAAUGAUGAAACACCCGAUGAAAAAAUUCUGGUUGGUUAUGCCCAGCUGUCAUAUGCAGACUGAAAGUAAAGUUACCGAAAUAACUUAAAAAAUUUUUUUUUUUUUGUGCCACUAGAACACUACUCUGUAAGUCAUUAAUACAAUUGUGUAAAUAAACAUUAUUUUUUAAAUUAAAA